UUCGACAGAAGCCCAAAAUAGUAGUUUCUCGGCAAGAUUGUGGGAGAUGUUCUGUGCACCCAUAUGUGGUAUGUGCUGCCCAGCCGCGGGUCGUGCGCCACUGAAGCCACUGCCUCCAACGCCAGUCCACCACUGCUGUCCAUCGGCGAAGUGCACGCUGUGCUGCAAUGGCGAAACGAAGCACGAGUGCAGCUGCAACUGCCAGCGCAACGAGCACCUCGUGGAGGCGUUCAGCUGCCUGUUCCGCGUCAGCAAGUUCCAAAUCCUGACCACGCUCUUCCUGCUGGCCUACCACGAGACGGUGCCACUGCCGCACUUCCCGCGCGACCGCAACUGGGCGGUGAUGAAGAACGUGAAGGCGCCGUACACGGAGCUGCACGACCUGAGGAUCUACGACAGCAUGUUCGACCGCUGUGGCCAGCGCAUCGAUCCGCUGGACCGGAGGAACACGUACAAGCUGCUGCGCCUGAUCUUUCUCGGCCCGUUGCUGGUCUCGAGUCAGCGGGCCCAGCUACUGGCCAUGCUGACCAAGCUGAAUGCCCGUGCCGCCUGUCCCGUGGAUCUCGGCGGCCUGCUGUCGGUGGUGCAGACUGUGAAGCUGGAUGAGCUGGUGUGCGGCAUUUUGGAGCAGAACGAGCGACUGCAGCGCUUCCACAGCGGGCGGCAGUGCUUGGAGCUGUGCAAUCUGUACGAGACGGUGGUUACGCCGCAGGAGGAUGAGGUGAUUGAAAAGCCUCGCCCGCGCAAGAAGAAGUCCAAGAGCAAGGAUGCGGAAACACCGAAGAAGCCGCGCAGAAUCAUCACCGAGAAGGUAUACUGCACCCGUCGCGUUCCGGAGCCCGAGGAUACGAGCACUCCGAUCGCUCGCAGCACCGCCAACUCCUUGCGCCGCUCCUCCAACAAGAAGAGCUGGCUGCCGACCACUCGGAGCAGCGCCAAUGCCUCGGAGAUGGGAUCUCGGCGGGGCUCCCGCAGGGACUCCGCGGCUUCUCCGAGGAGGAACAUGUCCGAAUUGUCCGACACGCGAAUGCUGGGCGGCAGCCGGUAGCGAACGCAGUGGAGCGUCUCCCUGGUCCGGCUUUAAUCUCGGUCCAUCCACAGUCACUAAAUUCCUCAAUGCAAAUCGCUUUUGUCUUCA